UCAACUGUUCAAUUCUCUGGUGCUAGAAAUAGGAAUCCAGCUGUGCAUCCGGCAUCAAGCAGAACCGCCAUGAUGCCCAUCCCGUUGUGUUUGAUGUUCGGCCUAAUUGCAUUGAGGCCCGUCGCGGCGACACGGCUAAGCAAAUUGGAGGAGGACGUCAAAGUUCUUAACAACUUCAUAAUUAAGGAGUUAAGACACGUUCGAGAUGAGGUUGAAGCAAUCUCAUACAGAGUCGAAAUUCUGGAAAAAUCCACAGUAAAGCACGACCAGAGAAGCUCUAACCAGGACAUGGACAUUACUUCUCAUUAUAUUAGGGAUAAAACUAAAGAAAGUGGUGUGCAAUUUGAAGACGAUAGAAAUAACGACGCAAGUCAUGUUGUACUGGCAAUUGCAGGAAAUAUUCGCGAGGCUUACUCGAAUGACAAAAAGGACUUACACAAUCUGAAGCAUAAUGCUAAAGGCCAGCUGAGAGAGCUUGAACAACAGAUAACCAAUCAUAUUGAGAACCUGACGACAAACGUACAGGAAAGCAUCGAGGACGUUCAUGUACACAUAUCGCUGGCAAACAUUACUUUAUUAGAGUUCAUCAAUCGGUCUGCUUCAAACGUAAGCAUUUUUGCUGACUUUAUAAAACAAGAAAUGGCUGAGUUCAUUAUAAAUGCAGGUGAGCAAAUUGAUUUAAGAUUGAGUGAAACUGAGGCAAAAUUGAAAGAGAGUGUUUCGUCUACGUAUCGUCAGAAGGAGGAGAAACUUCAAAGGUUCAUGGCGCUCGCUGAUUACAACGUUAGUGAAACAAUGCUUAAAGCAGAAAGCAUUGUCAGUUUAAUCAGUACUAACUUUUCGGAAAUGUCGACUCAAGUUACCAAUGUAUCUUUAGAGCUUCAAACGAUCAAAAAAGAAGUAAAAGAUGCAGAUGAAAGGCUGUGGAAUUCAUUUGAAUUAACUUCUAGAAACUUAGAGAAAGAAAUUGCUUCUUUAAAAAUAUGUAUAAGGUCUAACAUAGAAAUAACAUAUGAUCGUUAUUAUUACCCAUGUGUGAAAGACAUCCGUCUGUCUAAUGCGCGUCAUUACAGUUCCGGCGGUGUCAUGGGGCGUCUUGAGGUCCGUCACAAUGAUACAUGGGGCGCAGUGAGCCACGAUGGUUAUAGAUUAUUUGGCAAUUCGGAUAAACCUGUCAUAUCAAACAACGUAAAAGUGGUGUGUAGGACAUUUGGGUUCCAAGAAUGUAGCUAUGGAGUUCAAUUUAGUCCGAUAAAGGGCAAUGUGAAGGUUUGGAUGAAUAGCGUGAAGUGUCAGGGCGAAGAGGGUAACUUUCUUGAAUGUCCACACGAUGGAUGGGAGGUUAAUGAUCGGUAUUAUCAUACCAGCGUUUUGUACUUUUUAAGAAACCGAGUAGUGUGACGUAGUAUAUUCACUCCCAUUACCGACGUUUAUAAGAUAUUCGUCUUGGCGUGAAUGUUCUGCUAUAUAUCUUGAAUCAGAUCACCGUUGUAGUACAAUGUUGAACCGACCUUAUACAAUGAACUCAUACUCUAAUAGGAAACAUGUCAAAUAUCAUCUUUGUAGCAUUAAUAAUUUAUUUACUUCAGAGUAUCAGUGGUGCUUGACAGUGGUUGUUAUUGUAAAGGUAAAUAUUAAGUCUGUGAUAGGUAAAACUAAUUGACAUCUUAAUCAGGACGUUUUUAUUAUAUAAUGUUAUUAAUUAGGUGAUUUCGUAUUGACCCAGUUAUUUGUCCGAGGUUUGUACUAGAUAACUUGUUUAGAACUGGAAUUCACUUUUAUUAUCUUAAGACUUUGAACUGUUUGUUGAAAAUAUGUGAAAGUAGAAAAACUAUGUUUACGGAUUAUGACUGCAUGUUGAUUAAUUUCGAUCAACAAAUACAUCCUGUGUUAAUAUUAUUACUAGUUACUGUAUUCAUAUUAUAUCUAAUAUAAAUGGUAACCGUUGAUUAGUUUCAAUCAACAAAUACACCCUGUGUUGAUAUUAUUACUAGUUUCAGUAUUUAUAUUGCAUCUAAUAUAAAUGUUGACCGUUGAUUAAUUUCAAUCAACAAAUACACCUUGUGUAAAUAUUAUUACUAGUUUCUGUAUUUAUAUUGCAUCUUAUAUAAAUGGUAACCGAUGAUUAAUUUCAAUCAACAAAUACACCCUGUGUUGAUAUUAUUACUAAUUUCAGUAUUUAUAUUGCAUCUAAUAUAAAUGUUAACCGUUGAUUAAUUUCAAUCAACAAAUACACCCUGUGUUGAUAUUAUUACUCAUUUCAGUAUUUAUAUUGCAUCUAACAUAAAUGUUGACCGUUGAUUAAUUUCAAUCAACAAAUACACAUUGUGUUGGUAUUAUUCCUAGUUUCUGUUGGUCACUUG